GGGGGGGGGGGUGGGGACGGGGACGGUCCCAAAGGCGGCGGUGUCAGGCCCCAUGGAGGCGCUGUGGGGCUCAGCCUUCCUGAUGGCGGCGCUGCUGCUGACCGCCGCCCUCUGCGUCCGCUGCCACCGCCAGCGCAGUCCUGGUGCUCCGCUGUACGACAGAGACAAGCCGAUGUCGGAACCGCCGCCUCACAGCUUCCAGAUCCUCCCCGUCGUGCGCCACCCUCAGAGCGCCCCCCCCCCACCCCGCGGAGCGGCGCCGGAGAUGAUCCUCAACCCGAACCCCAAUCUGCACAACCCCAACAUCCACCUCUCCUGGGGGACGCGCGGACACGGAGACGCGGGGUCCCCGCAGACCUCCCAGCAACGCCGCAUCUCCGCCACCCGCCCGGAGCCGGAGAGAGGGUCCCCAACGUGCGCCCCCGAGAGCGAGGACGGACUACAGCAAUGAGGUCUACGCCUCCGGAUAUGUGUGA